AUGGCCGGGACAUCAAGCGUUAAAAGCCAAGGCAUGAGAUUUGCGGAGGAGCAGCUGCAGAGACAUGGCUGGACUGAAGGGAAAGGUCUCGGCAAGAAGGAAAGCGGCAUUUCAGAGGCAAUUAAAGUCAAAGUGAAGUGUGACACGGCGGGGGUGGGGCACAAUUCUGCUGAGCAGUUUACCUUCCACUGGUGGGAUCACGUCUUCAACAAAACCGCCUCCAGCAUCUCGGUGGAGCCAGAUCAGGACGGAGUUCAGGUGAGGAAGGUCACGAAGGAGGAUUCCACGGUGACCAAUAAGAAACCCCGGAAGGCACUCGCUAAUCGGGACAUGCUGUACGGUCGCUUUAUAAAAUCGGCCACGUUGCUAUCGGGAGGAGAGCAGCCGGUGGAAAAGGAAUCGUCGGAGGAAUCGUCUGCAGACAGCAGUGAGGACGAGGAUGAGAAGCUGGAUCUUUCUUCAGCUACCAAACUGACUGAUGAAGACCUUGUGAAGAUCUGUGGGGGGCGCACUGCUCACAAAGGAGCCAGGCACGGCCUGACAAUGAAUGCAAAGCUCUCCAGGAUUGAAGAGCAAGAAAGAGCUUUUCUGGAAAAAUACGGGAAGGAGAAACCAAAUAAAGAACCCUCCAGAUCAACCUUAGAAAAGGAUGUAGAGACUGGAAGAAAGAAGGAAAACCACAGAGUGGAUAUUACCGGUGAAGACAUCUCAUUCAACAACACACAACGUAAGCAGAAGAAAAAGAAACAGAACUGGGAUACUCAAAAAGAAGAAAAAGAAAAGAAAAAGCAAAAGAAAGUACAAGAGUUUGAUGGGCACGUGUCCAUAGAAGAAGAAUACCAAACCACAAAGAAAAAAAAGAGGAGCAAAAACAAAUACAGAGACUGUUCAAACCCAGAAGAGGAGUCGGAACCUGCUGUAGACAACACGGAACAUACGAUGAAGCGUAAAAAAAAAAAGCGGAAAGAGUAG